UCGAAAUUCCCAUAGCAACGAGUACAGAUUACAAUAUGGCGUCCAAAUAGGACGACCAUAACAAACAAAACUAUUUUUGGUCAAUAUCGUAUACAAUUAGUUAUAUUUCUUAUGAAGAAGUAGUACAACCAUCAAAAUGUCACACAGCACUUAUAACAAGCAAUGGACAGAAGCACAGUCGGCUCUUAUGGACCUGCUGGUCCAGGAAAUGCCUGCCGAACCCCAGAAGCCAGAACGGGAUCGUCUUGCAGCGUUCCAGUUGCUGGCAACUAUGUACAUCAAGUACAUACAAAUAUUCCGGCGGCUUGAAAUGUGCUAUGAUCAGAUUGUCCACCCACAGAAGCGAAGGGUCCUUCGACAUGUCCUAGACGGGACCAUGGGUAGAAUCCUUGAGUUGAAACAUGAGAUGGUCAACUUGGAGUUCUCAGAGUACCAUUACUUUGAUGAUGUUCUGUCGGAUUUGAAGUUAACACCCAAUGAUGUAGAGAUCCCUAUUCCGAAGUACUUUAUCAAUGAGAGAAUGGAAGCAUUGAAAGAGAGGGAAAAACUUCUCGGUCAGAUCCUCACCAAACUUGGUCCACAGGAUAAAGAUACGAAAGAAGACGUGAAGAUGUCAUUCGAAGAAGCGAUCCGAUUGGUACAGAUUCAUGAGCGUGCACGACAAGGUCGGCUCCGUGCCAAAUUCAUGAAGGAGAUCAGAAGACAGGAAGAGAGUGAGAGAGAGGCUGCACGACGAGGCGCUCCGACUCUUGACCAUGACGUGGCUGCAUCGAGGAUCCAGAAGGUCUGGAAGGGAUUUUACCAGCGUAGGAAGACGAGGAAAGAAAGAGAGGAGGAGAUGAUCUUUAUUGGAAUGGCUCCGCCCAGUAUGCCUUCAAGUGUAAAGAACACCCCUCAGGCGUUGGCCAAUAAGACCGAGCAACAGCGCCGUCUUACACAGAAAAUGCAUGAGAACGAGUACCAGCAAGCCUUGGUUACGAUGAAGGACAAGAUUCGGGAGACGGAGGGACCGGACGUGAAGGAAACCAUGAUGGACCAAAUCAGACAGUGGUUUAUUGAAUGCAGGGACGCAACAGGAAAGUUUCCAGAAUACCCUGAUGAAGAUGACGGAGGAUCUGCGGCUAUCUUCAAACAAAAAGAUCCUGCUGAGGUUGAGGCUGAACUUGCUGGAAAGGAGGAUGGCAAGAAAGGGAAGAAAGAAAAGAAAGGCAAGAAAAAGAAGGACAAGAAGGAAAAAGGAAAGAAGGGAAAAAAAGGAAAGAAAGGGAAAGGAAAGGGUGGUGAUGAUGAGGAGGAAGAAGAGGGCUGGAAGAUGGCCCCUUCUAGCUUCGUACCAGCUGUCAACGAUGGGACGGACACCUUCAAAGGUGUCUGGCAGACAAGAAACGAAGCUGAUAAUUUCCCGCAGAAGCAUGAUGUGGAACUGAUUAAGGAAGAGAAACGAAAGGAGGUAGAAGAGGAAAUUCGUGUACAAGUGGAUGAACUCAUGAGGACUGAGCUGAAAAAUCUUAAAGCUGCUGUUGACCGUGACAAGGGAGGUAAGAAGAAGAAGAAGUCGGGCAAAAAGAAGAAGAAGAAGAAGAAGAGUGGAAAGAAGGGCAAGAAGAAGAAGAAGGAGAAGGAUUUAACCCCGGACCGGACUAUUGAAUCUCUCUAUGAGGAGCUAGUGAUGCAGGGAAUCAUUGUUCGGAGCCCUCUGCUAAAGCUGGCUGAUUUUGAGGGCGAGUACAGCUACCUUGGAACCACUCUGCGACAGGCGAACAUUGAACCAAUGCCUUCACUGAGUGAUGUCCGUAGGCUGGUGACGGAGUUUGGAAUCCUUCCACUGGGGUCUCCUGCAGUCCAUGAGCAAGCUCCACUGACCAAGUCCAUUCUUCUAGCUGGUCCACGUGGCUCAGGGAAAAAGAUGCUUGUGCAUGCCAUUUGCAACGAGACUGGGGCUAAUCUAUUUGACCUUUCACCAGCAAAUCUUGUCGGGAAAUACCCGGGGAAGGAUGGCCUAAAAAUGUUAAUGCAUCUUAUAUUUAAGGUUGGCAGAGCCCUUCAGCCUACUGUAUUUUAUGUUGGCGACUGCGAGAAAAUGUUUAAGAAAAAGAUCCCCAAAACAGACCCAACUGAUCCAAAACGUCUUAAGAAAGAAUUGCCUAAAGCCCUGAAAACAAUAAAAUCGGAUGAUCGCCUACUGCUAAUCGGAACAUCGAGAUGCCCGUUUGACGGUGAAAUGAAGCCACUUGUUGGAUGUUACCAGAGACUAAUUCUUAUUCCAAGGCCAGAUUAUGCUUCCAGGCAUUUGCUGUGGCGUAGAUUGAUCAUCAAAAACAAUGGGAUGAUCACCAACAGUCUUGAUGUCAGCUCGCUGGCUAAAGUGACUGACGGUUACACGCCGGGCCACAUGCAGACAGCCAUUGGCCAGGUCCUGACAGACAGGCGAAUCCAGCAGCUUUCCAAACGCCCAAUGCAGGCUGUAGAGUUUAUCGCCCCAUUGGCCAGAAUUGACCCAAUUUACAAAGAAGAGGAGGAGGCAUUUAAGGGCUGGUAUGCCAAAACUCCUCUUGGCAAAAAGCGUGCCAAGGCCGCUCAAGGUGAUGAUGAAGAAGGUGGGGGUGGUAAAGGCGGCAAGGGGAAAAAGGGCAAAAAGGGAAAGAAAGGAAAGAAGGGAAAGAAAAAGAAGAAAUAAACAUUAUACGUUUGUUCAUUGUACUUAAGCAAAACUCAAUAAAACAAAUAAAAUUAAAUAAAGAAAAGACACUUAAAUCUAUGCAGAUCAUUUGUGUUUGUAUUUUAAUAGGAAAAAAACUGCUGAUGACACUAGUAUUGUAGAAAUAUGCAAAUGAAACAUUAUCCACAUCCUGUUAGGGUGAAGUUCCAUCAAAAUAUUCCUAUUUGCAGUAUUUUGUUGUUUAUGCCAUGAAUAUUCAAAAUAAUGCUGUUUAUGUGAGUUUUAGAGACUGAAAGUUAAAAAUAUAAUUAUGUGUGUGCAUUUACAUGCUGUACAAUAUUCUUGAACAUGUUACACUUACCUUAAUUAUAAGCGUUGGUAAAUAAAGUAAUAUGCACUUUCCUAUUAUAAAUAAUUGCUAAAUAAUUACUUUGAUUAACAUACAGCUGUUUUUAAAUUGGGUUUAAUACAAAGUUUCUCUAAGGUUAUUGUUUAUUAAUCUGUGAUAAUAUAUUCUACCCGUCCAAGUUUAUUUAUUGACAGUGUUAUUGGUAAAUGACAGUGUUAUUGGUAAAUGACAGUGAUAUUGGUAAAUAAAUGUUGAAAUU